GUAUCAAAAGCUCAUAUUAAUUGUGGGGCACGGAGAAUGGAGGCGGCGCUGCGCGGCAAGGACGUUCGACGUAGUACAAUUGCCUUCCGCACAUAGGCACCGCUCCUCAAAUUCAAAGCUCACGCUAUAGUAGCGCUCACUAGUCACUGCCCAUGGACGCUUAAAAACGUUCGCUCGAAAGAUGAACAAGCCAUUUGCUGAGAAGGGCGCUUGUCCAGCGUUACUCUAGUAAGCAGAGAGUAUUUACAGGGAGGAAACAUUUGCAUGAUCACUUGCAAUACAGUAAAUGGUGGCGCGAAAGCAGAACAAGUCGAGCUAUAGGUCACUUCUAUCCCUGUGAGCUGGUUGCCAUAGCGCCUGCUACAACAACUUGAAUACGUAGGCGCCAUCUGAGAACUCUCACCGGACGGACUAUGGAGAUCCCAUUCAUCACCAUCCCCCCCUCGGCGCCGCACACCCAUACCGUCGUCUUCCUCCAUGGGCGCGGCGACAAUGCGCGACACUUCGCGGCCUCGUUGGCUUACUCGCGCGACUCGCGCAACCGCACCGUCGUCCACGCCUUCCCCAGCUUCCGCUGGGUGUUCCCCGGGGCUCCCCUGCGCAAGUGUGCGAGCUCCCCCGACACGUGGCCGCAGUGGUUCGACGUCUGGAACGUGCGCAAUUUUGCCGAGCGCGAGGAGCUGCAGGCCAUCGGGCUCCGGGAGGCCAUCCCCGCCAUCCGCCGCAUCCUGGCUAGCGAGGCGGCGCUGCUGGGAGGACGCUGGGACCGCGUCGUGCUGGCGGGCAUCAGCAUGGGCGCCGCGACGGGCGUGCACACGCUGUUCAACCUCGACGUCCCCGCCGCAGGGGGCGGCAGGCUCGCUGCGUUCGUGGGGUUCUCGUGCCGGUGUCCAUUUGCCGGUAGAACGCUCGCCGAGAUGCGGAAAGUCCUCGGUGUGGAGGAAGGUGUCCCGGACCACGCGGAUGUCCUUCUCAACACGCCCAUGCUGCUCGAGCACUGCGUCGAUGAUCCGCUGGUCUUGGUCCAGAACGGCUGUGGCUUGCGAGACACGUUGCGCGGAUUCGGGGCGCAGGUCGAGUGGAAGGAGUAUCCGAGCGGAGGCCAUUGGUUCAACUCGCCGGCUGGGAUGGAUGAUGCGGUGGACUUCCUGAACAGGCACGUUCUUGAGAAACACAGUGCCGGAGAGCCUUCGAUGCAGCCUCAGGCCUCGUCUGAUGCAAUGGAUCUGUCUUAGAACUCGCCCAUCAUAGAGGAUUUCAGUAAUGGUAUUGAUCAAUCUAUGGAUAGACUUUUUGCUUAAAAGAUCGUU